AUGGCUGUUAAAUUCAACGUUCCUCCCAAAAGUCUAGCCAAACUUCGGCCUUGCGGAUUGCAUAUCCCGGAAAAAAAGGUAGUUGAAUUCAGAAAUCUUCUGAAGCUAUCGAAGAUUGGCCCGGCGACUUGGUGGAAUCAACAAAACAACCCCCAGUCGUGGUUUCUCUUCCCCAAUUUCAAAAUUGCUGUUCAAGAUUUUGAGGUUGGCGAGAUCGAUAUUCAUUUUGCUGCGCUCUUUUCAGCUAAAGAUGAUGCCAUUCCCAUCAUCUGCAUGCACGGCUUUCCAUCCUCGUUUACCGACUUUCUGCCAAUGAUGGAUUUACUAGCCGACAAGUACACUCCUAAAACUUUGCCUUAUCAUAUUAUUGUGCCAUCGUUGCCCGAUUACGGCCUAUCAGGUACUCGUACCCCAAAUACGGAUAUGACUUUGGAACGAUCCGCACGCAUCAUGAAUCAACUGAUGAUUGACCUUGGAUUUGGUGGCGGUUAUAUUGCCCAAGGGGGUGAUCUCGGAAGUUUACUUGCGCGUAUCAUGUCUGCUGAGUACGAGAACUGCAAAGCUUUCCACCUUAACAUGCUUGUGCUGGAUCCAGGUCAAGCAGCCCCCUCCUCUGACUCCCUUACUCCCGAAGAAAAACAUCACCUCAAGCGGACGGAAGAAUGGCGUUCAACCGGGAUGGCAUAUGCUCUAGAGCACGGAACUCGUCCCUCGACGGCUGGUUUGGCCAUCUCAUCUAGCCCACUUGCUCUGCUAGCUUGGAUUGGCGAAAAAUUGAUGGAAUGGACAGACCCGCGGAAACCCUUUUCACUGGAUCACAUUUUGGGCACAGUCACCUUAUAUUGGUUUACUGGCACUUUCUCUGCAAAUUUGUACCACGCAACAGCCGCAAUGAGGUACCUCUCAAAUACUCCUUUCCCAGUUUCCAAGGAGAAGCCUCUAGGAUACUCAUGGUUUCCAUAUGACGUCGUGGUGUUCCCUCAAGCUUGGACUCAAGAGAUUUAUCCCAACAUGGUUUUCUACUAG